ACACGAUCGAGGUGGGCAACUAACUUUGACGACGUACAAAUUAAUAUUACAAUUUAACAACGUAGUAUAGGACCUAGAUGAUCUCCGCUCUGUUAGGCAACAAACUCUGACCACGUACCAGCCAUGCAAAUAGGACAUUUUACGCGUCAAGAGUAUUUAUACCACGCACGCACGCUAACUAUUCAUUAGCUAGCUAGCUAGUAGCAUUAAUGAUGGAGGAGGUGCAGGCUAGUGCAGAGAUGGCGGUGGAGUUAUACAUAGCCACGCGCCAUAGAUCUGCGGCGCAAAAGAUCGUGCACUACGACGACUGCCGGCCCUCUGAAACCGUCGGAGAAGUGAAGGGCAGAAUCGAAGCUAAAUACGGAAUAGCCAUCCGGAGACAGGCUCUGUGGUUGGGUCCCAAGUUGAUGCGUAACCACAGGACUCUGGCAUCCUACAAAAUCCAUCCCGCAGUACCGGCAAUCGCCCACCUCGAGAUCGCCAAUGACGACGACGGCGGCGAAGAAACGAUCAUCACUGUCACCCUCCGUUCCCUCUCUUUCCCGACUCAGUCGAGGGUCAAGACCCUCACUUGCAAGGAAACCGAUACGGUUGGCGAGCUGAGGAAGCGCAUCCUCGCCAGGUUUUCUGGCCACUCCAGGUUCGACAUAGAGUUGUUCUUCGAUGGCACGAUGCUAGGGGAGGUCGACGCACCAUUGCUGCAUUAUUUGGUGUCUCAUGGUGCCGUUAUUAGUGUGCAUUACGAGGCUGGGCCCCGAGUUGAUUCCUCCGAGAGAGACGCUACGGAAAACCUUUUGUUAUUUUACUCGUUGCAAGCUUCAUCAUGAAUUGACGAUUUUUUAUUUUUAUUUUUAUUACUGAUUGUAAUUAGUUUAUGCAUGCUGCAUGUGUUUUGGUUUGUGGUAUUUAGUAUUAUUUGAUUUGUCCGUCAAUAAGCCCCCCUUGAAGGAUUAAUAAACCUCUCUAUGAAAAUCACAUCAAAUCUCAAUCCUAGUAUGAGUAUCGAAUAUCUUUAUUAGACCUCUAUGAUUCAGAAAUCCGCAAAAAAAAUCAUAAUUUACUUCCAAAUUUAUGGAUUCGUUAAAUUAUAGCCAAAAUAUUUUUCUCCAAACCAUCCCUUAGAAUGACAUCGUUAUUCAUCAUAACUAAGCCUCCUUACAGAAAAGGGUGGUUAUGAACAAUCAACCUCCGAUACACACACAACUUGGAUGAUACAAACUAAGACUCAAACCACGUCCAUUUUUACGGCAGUUCAAAUAAAUAUAUUCUUCAAAACCAUGUUUUAUCGAAUCAGAAUGAUAACACAAUGCUACAAAGCAUCAUUUUCGGGGUUGCGUCUUGUCUAAUUGGUUACAAUUCUUGUCUUUGAUGGAAGAGAUCACGGUUCAAAUCCUAGCAUUGAUAUCUUUUUAUAUGAAAUAAAAAAUUGAUUGUGUAGACGAGUAUACCCUAAAAAAUUGAUUGUGUAGACGAGUAUACCCUUCCUACUGUCACUCUCGUUGCAGGAAAUUUGAAAUGGAGCAAAUCAACUUCUUUAAAAUGUAUUAUAAGUAGUGUAGAUAUUUCUAAGAGUCCCUCUCAGAAUUCCUUCCACCUCACUCAACAAUUAAGCGAAGGUGAAGGUCCCUUCUUGUAACUAGGUUUCCAUAAACAGUAGCUAAGAGGGCUACGAGAAGAAAGUUGGUAAUGAAUUAAACUUUUACUA